AUGCAGCCGCUCUACCGGCAGCGCGGCGCGGACUUCUGGGCGAACCCGCAGCGACACUUUGACCUGCGCAUGGGCGCGGUGACAGGCUGCCCAGAUGAGGACGUGCUGGUCAUCACGGAGACCUUGGUGCUCGCGCACUGGAAGGUGCAGUGGAGUGCGUGA